AUAAAUAUUUUUACGGCUUUAGUAAUAAAGCUAGGAAUUGAAAUUUCAACAGGAAACAUUAAGCCUAAUUCAUGGAGAAGAGUAUUAGAAAACAUGGUUUCAAUAAUUACAGAAGUAGGGGGGUUAGAAGAAUUUAUUAACUUGGAUAAUUCAAAUGAAAUAACAAUGAGAUUGAUAUUAAAUUUUAUUUACCACGAUAUAUUAAGCAGCUGGUCUGUUGAACAUGGAACAUAUUUUGAAAUUGAAAAAUAUCAGUCGAUUUAUGACAAGGAUACGUGUAUUGAUAGUUUGCAAGGUUGUAAUAAAAACUUAUAUAUUCUAGUUGGUGAAAUUAACAAUUUAGCAUUGGCUUUAAGAAAAUUUGAAAAAUCUAUUCAAAAUGAGAUUGAGAUUGAUAAUUUAUGCAAAGGUUCGAUUGAUUUUUACAGGGGAUCUUGGGAUGAUCAUUUAAGUGUUGAGUUUUACGAAAAUCUAAAUGUCAAAAUUAAAGUUUUAAAAGAAAGAAUUGACAAACAGAAACCACAACCUCAAGCUUUAAAGUAUCUCAAUUCAAAGGAAGAAAUAGAGGCUCAUUUGACUUCGUUUAAAGUUUUUCAAUUAGUCUUAAAAUUAUUAAUUUUCACUUCUCUUAAUAAACUUCCUCCUGAAUCAUUUGAGAUUCAAAUGAUAAUUUUAAAGAUCUUGCCACUUUUAGAUAUUUUGAUUGGGUCUCAAGUUGAAAGUAGAUUAAGUUUUAUAUUGUUAAUAACGGGAAUUAACUUAGUUAGUAUGAAACAUAAAGAAAAACUUCUUAAGCAGAUUAGAAGAUUGCAAGGAACAUAUUAUAUUGAAGGAUUAAAACGGGUUUUAGAAUUGAUUAGAGAAAUUUGGAAAGAAAAUUCUAACGGUAAUUGUAAUAUUCAGUGGUUUGAAGUAGCAACGAAACUUGGGUGGGAAAUAAAUAUUGGGUGCUAA